AUGGUGCGUCACAAGAAAGACAACCCUUCUGGGAAAGCGAAGAAAUACUCGACCAACUCUCGACAUACAGCACGUUCAGGCGGACUCGAAGGCGAAACUGGUGGCGCUACGGAACGUCCUCCCUUCAAAGCAGCAUGCUGGGACUUUGGCCACUGCGAUUCGAAACGAUGUAGCGGGAAGAGGCUGAUGCAUUUCGGCAUGAUGCGCGAACUACCCAUCGGCCAAAAGUAUCCGGGCGUUGUCAUCUCUCCUAACGCGAAGCGAGUGGUGUCUCCCGCAGAUAAGGAGCUCCUCGAACAGUACGGUGCAGCGGUGGUGGAAUGCUCGUGGGUGCGCAUACAAGAAGUGCCGUGGUCUAGGAUUGGCGGCAAGUGUGAGCGCCUACUGCCUUACCUCGUGGCGGCCAACCCCGUGAACUAUGGCAAACCGUGGCGCCUGAACUGCGUCGAAGCGCUAGCCGCGUGCUUCUGCAUAUGUGGCCAUCAAGAUUGGGCGGAGAUUGCCCUCCAGCAUUUCACAUACGGGAAACCGUUCCUGGAAAUCAACUCGCAGCUGUUCAAGCGGUACGCGGCAUGCGAGAAUGAAGAAGAUAUGAAAAAGGCCGAGGAGGCAUGGCUCGCCAAGCUCGAGAAGGAGUACUCUGAGAGCCGCCAAAAGGACCCCGCGGAUGAGGAAGAUGACUGGGCAGGAGGCAACAUGAACAGAAGAGACGUGUUCGAGUCAGACGACGAAGACGAUGAAGAAGAUAAGGACGGCGCAGCGGACGACGAUAGCGCCGCGGCAGACUCCGACGAAGAGGACGGAGCACCACUCCAGCAGGGCGUGCCGCUAGACUUGCCCCCAGACGAGGAUGAUGAGGACGAAGAGGCAGCGAUGGCUGAAAUUAGGCGUAAAAUACUUGCGUCCAAGCCCUUCAGCGAGUCGCUCUCUCCGCAGGACUCGCGCAAGAAGGAACCAGAAGAGAAAGAGGACGGCACUGCAGUGCUAGCCACAAAGCCACCGGCGCUGAUUGACUCGGACGCGGAAUCGGGCUCGGGUGGGGACGAUUACGACGAUUUCGACCAGAUUGUCAAUGCAACGCCUGUGACUGAUCGGACAGGUAUCACUGCGCGGCAAAGACAGCAGAAGUUGGAACAAGCCAGCGCGACUUUCUCGCGGACAGUAGUUUCAGCACCUAGCAAGUGGUAA